CAUAUCUCAAUUUACUUUGCAGGAACACCAGUGGAACAUUCUCAAGCAUGGGUCUAUCCACCCCAGCCUGGAUCACUGACAACACAACAAUGAAUGGAAGUUAUUACACUGAAAACUUACACUGUGUCACCAUGGACAAAAUCUUCAGUAUUCUUGCUGUCAUCAUUGCUGUGGUUGGGUUGGCAGGAAAUGCCAUAGUGCUGUGGAUUCAGGCCCUCCAUAUGAAAGAGAAUGAAUUCUCUGUAUAUAUCCUCAACCUUGCUGGGGCUGACAUCCUCUACCUUUGCUUUCAGACAAUGUAUUCCCUGGAGUAUAUCCUUCUUCAGUUCCAUAUCUCUCUCUUUGAUAUUCCCAUAUUUCUCAUCAAUGUAUUAAUCUUUGCUUACCUUGCAGGUUUAUGUAUGAUUGCAGCCAUCAGUGUUGAGCAUUGUCUGUCAGUUUUGUGGCCCAUCUUGUAUCAGCGCCAACGACCAAGAUACAUGUCAUCUGUCCUGUGCGCACUGCUCUGGGCCUUCUCUCUACUGUUGAGCCUCCUGUCAGGGGAUGGUUGUGGUUUACUACUUAGUUAUUAUGACCAUUCUUCCUGUAGGACUUAUAAUUUUAUCACUACUGCAUUUGUAAUACUAUUAUCUGUGGUUUCUUGUGGAUCCAGCCUGGCCCUGUUGGUCAGGAUCUUCUGUGGCUCACAGAGGAUUUCUGUGACCAGGUUGUAUGUGACAAUUGCACUCACAGUGCUGGUCUUACUACCCUUUGGUCUGCCCUUUGGUAUCUGUUGGUUCCUCUUAGACUGGAUUGCAGAGUUGCAUGGAGUUUUGCCUUGCAAUGCUUAUGCAAUAACAAGUUUCCUGUCCUGUGUUAACAGCUGUGCCAAGCCCAUCAUUUAUUUCCUUGUUGACUCCAUUAGGCCUUGCAGGUUCCAGAAGCAGACUCCAAAGAUUCAUAUGCAGAGAGUCAUGCAGGAUACUCCUGAGGAAGAAGGUAGAGAGAGGGCUUCUUCAGGAAAUCAUGAAGAGCAGGAAUCAGUCUGAUGUAGUAGUGGAGUAAGUCCUUGAUCAGACACAGUUUUUUAGAAUAUCACCUUGGACUUUAUUUGUGUGGGCCAUUUUUACAACCUUGCUCAAUUGAUUGAGAAAAUAGUCAUUUUCUAGAAAUUGGGUGAAAUGGGGCUUAUUAAACAGAAACUGACUGCACCACCAUAAAGCUGCCUUAUAUGGGCCCCACUGCAUCCCUAUGUGAUGUAAACUUUUUAAUCAAAUCACUUGAGGCCAGGACCCAACUAUAGACAGGCCAACUCCCACUAUAGA